AAUCACGUUUUCUUCUAAUUUUCAUAUUUAUUUAUCCAUGAAAAGAAGAAAUAAUCACUAUUGAAACAUUGAGAAUUUCCAAUAUGCGAUAUGUAGCUUGUUUCUUUAAUUUAUUAGAAUUCUUUGUGCCCAUUCUUGAAAUCAAUGUUCUUAAUUGGUUUGUAAAAGCCGGAGUUCAUCACAGCUUGCCUUCUAAGCUCUAGAAUAUUAGCAUACUUGAAAAGAUUUCUCUGCCUCAAGCCUUCAAGGGAAAAAGGGGAGAGAAAGAGAGGAAUUGUGGUUGACCGUUGACCAUGUCCGAAGCUUGUAAACCUUUGUUUUGUUCGCAAUUGCUAAAAAUGGAGAGAGGAUGAACAUACCCUCAACAACUAAAAAUAUCUUUCUCCACAAACAUUGCCUCAUAAUUGGGAAUGCGAAGUCCAAUUCUGCUGUCAAUUGCUUUCCUCCACUGAUUCAGGUAUAACACCAUUAACCUCUUUUUCCAAAGAUCUUUUGUUGGUUCAUUUCUGAACAUCCCUCUCAUCCAGGAGGGAUGGAGAUAGAAAAGAAACCAAAAACAUAUCAAACCAACCUUUUUCUAUCUUCCUUUCUGUCAUCGUCGUCGUCAUUGUCAUCAUCUUCAUCGAUGGCUAUCCUCCUGGUGCUCGUCUACAACUUCAUCUCUUGCCCCACCAUUUUUGCCUUGUCCAGCAGCGGUACCUUCACUCCCCAAGAUAACAUCCUCAUUGAUUGUGGUGCCAACUCUCCACCCACGCUCCCUGACGGAAGAGUCUUCAAAAGUGACCAACAAGCCUCUGAGUUCUUGAACACCGAGGAAGAUGUUCAAGUAUCUGUCGCCUCUGCUGAUGUUCCUUCACCUUUAUAUCUAACUGCAAGGGUUUUUGCCCAAGAAGCCAUCUAUACAUUCCAGUUAAAACGACCUGGUUUUCACUGGGUGCGUCUCUAUUUCUUUCCAAUAAAAGUUAACCAGUUUGAUCUUCAACAAUCUACAUUCUCUGUCUCUGCGAAUCAGUAUGUUCUUCUUCACAACCUCAAGGCUAACAAUAACUCCAUACCUAUCCUGAAGGAGUACCUUCUUAACAUGACUGAUCCUACAUUUACCCUCAAGUUUACUCCUAUGAAGAAUUCAGCUGCUUUUAUAAAUGCCAUUGAGGUGGUUUCAGCACCGGAUAGCUUGAUUUCCGAUGAAGGCACUUCCCUUUUCCCUGUUAACAACUUUGCUGGUUUGUCUAAGUACGGUUACCAUGUCGUGUACAGGCUUAACAUGGGGGGACCUCUGAUCACCUCACAGAAUGACACACUGGGCAGGACUUGGAUACCUGACUCUGAUUAUCUUCAAGAAAAAAAAUUAGCUAAGGAUGCCUUUGCUGCCACAACUUCUAUCAAAUACCCUGAGACUUUAACACCACUGAUUGCACCAGCAACAGUCUAUUCAUCUCUUAUUCAAAUGGCUGAUGCAAAAACAGUGAAACCAAACUUCAAUGUCACAUGGCAGUUAGAAGUUGAUACAGCAUUUGAUUACAUGCUUCGGAUGCAUUUUUGUGACAUUGUUAGCAAGGCACUCAAUGACCUCUAUUUCAAUAUAUACAUUAAUGGUAAAAUGGCCAUUUCUGGAUUGGACUUGUCGAGCCUAACUGGUGGGUUGGCUGUUCCAUAUUACAAGGAUAUUGUGGUGAAUGCUUCCCUCUUCAGCAAUGGACUAACUGUUCAGAUUGGUCCAUUGAAUCAGGAUACAGGAGUGACUAAUGCAAUUCUUAAUGGCUUGGAGGUCUUGAAAAUGAGCAACUCGGUUGAUAGUUUGGAUGGGGAAUUUGGUGUUGAUGGAAGGGUGGGCAUAGCCAACAAGGGCGCUGUGGCUGCAGUCGGUUUUGCCAUGAUGUUUGGUGCGUUUGUGGGUCUUGGUGCGAUGGUUAUUAGAUGGAAGAGGAGACCCCAAGAUUGGCAAAAGAGGAAUAGUUUUUCUUCUUGGCUGCUCCCACUCCAUGCUGGAGACACUAGCUUCUUGAGCAAGACCUCUGUCGGUUCUCACAAGAGCAACUUUUACUCAUCAACCCUAGGCUUGGGCCGUUAUUUCUCUCUGGUGGAGUUGCAAGAAGCAACCAAGAACUUUGAUGCAAGUGCAAUAAUUGGUGUUGGUGGAUUUGGCAAUGUCUAUAUAGGCACAAUCGAUAAUGGGACCAAAGUUGCUGUCAAGAGAGGGAACCCACAAUCUGAACAAGGCAUCACAGAGUUCCAGACAGAAAUCCAGAUGUUGUCAAAGCUAAGGCAUAGACACUUGGUGUCACUGAUUGGUUACUGUGAUGAGAACAAUGAAAUGAUCCUGGUUUAUGAGUACAUGUCGAAUGGGCCUUUCAGGGAUCAUUUGUAUGGAAAAGACUUGCCACCAAUAUCAUGGAAGCAGAGGCUCGAGAUCUGUAUUGGAGCUGCUCGUGGACUUCACUACCUUCAUACUGGUACUGCUCAAGGGAUUAUCCACCGUGAUGUUAAGACCACCAAUAUUUUGCUCGAUGAUGCCUUUGUUGCCAAAGUUGCUGAUUUUGGGCUGUCAAAAGACACACCUAUGGGACAGAAUCAUGUUAGCACAGCAGUGAAAGGCAGCUUUGGGUACCUGGACCCUGAGUACUUUAGGAGGCAGCAAUUAACAGAAAAAUCAGACGUUUACUCUUUUGGGGUGGUUCUGCUUGAAACCUUAUGUGCAAGGCCUGCUAUUAACCCACAAUUGCCAAGAGAGCAGGUUAACUUGGCUGAAUGGGCAAUGCAAUGGAAGAGGAAGGGCUUGCUUGAAAAGAUUAUUGAUCCUCAGCUUGUGGGUAGCAUCAAUCCUGAAUCAAUGAAGAAGUUUGCUGAGGCUGCAGAGAAGUGCUUGGCAGAAUAUGGUGUUGACAGACCUUCAAUGGGAGAUGUUUUGUGGAACUUGGAGUAUGCCUUGCAGCUGCAAGAAUCAUUUUCAGUAGGAAAAUCAGAGGAUGAGACCCAGUCAUCUAGCACUGCCGCUGUAUCCCCUUCUAUUGUGGUUCCGUCCAGCAGUCCUCCAUCUGAUAACAACCAUCCAGUUUCUCAUCCUGAAGACAACAAGGGUCCAGCUGAAGUUCAAAUCAUUGGUGAACACUCGGGAACUGCAAUGUUUGCACAAUUUCAAGGGCUGAAUGGUAGGUAAAUAUCGUUGCUUGAUAAGUGGGAUAUAAUUCUACAAUUUCAGAGGCCUUGGGCAGGCAUUCCUUCUACCAUAAAAUGGUGCACUUUUCUAUGUAACAACUAUUUUAUCAGAACUCUCACUCACUCACCUUUCUUCCCUUCUUCUUGUGUGGACGUAUACCAAAACAUACAGUAUGAUUAAUGUACUGAUGUCGAUUGAUAUAUGCAUACAGUACCAUUAAUCUUAUGUCUCAGUUACUACCAUAUGAAAGAAUAGCAGCUAGCAAUUUUGUAUCUUGUUAUAGCAAGUUUCUGAAUUCAAUUUACCAACAAUUUCAAUAAGAAAUGGUUCCAGCUGCAAUUGUAUCAAUAUUUAGUUGCAUGAGACCAGACAGAUAUGCCAAUUGCAAGUAGCAUCUUUAACAUUUCAAUUUGUACCGCUUUAGUUUAGGCCAACAAAUCUAUUUUCUAACCUCCAAAAGAGCACCUUUUUUUUACUUCUUGGUGGGUGUGUUAUCUGAGCAUCAAGUUUGUUCAGAUCAAUAAGAAGUUGACACCGAAACUUAAACUGUGGUUGAACCAGACAUCAUAGAUUUGAGACUAAGAGGAUUGGAGAUCAUAUUCAUAUGAAGCAUCCUGCUAAAGCUAAUAAGUGGUAUAUAAUUGUAUGAAAAUAAUACCAAAAUUCAUUUGCUUUCGGUAUAUAUGUGGAGAGAUCUUCACUUCUGCAAUCACAUUUAACCACUUGACAUCUAGCUUCAUGAGGUAACAUAAAAGGGCAGUUAGCAUUAUGCGGUUGGCCUGACUUUUGCUGCUUUUGUAGCACUUGAAUCAUCAUUGUUAAUACUGUGAACUUCACACAUGUUUACGGUUGUUGUCAUGAAUCAAAAUCAAGUAUACCAUGUUUCAUUUCAAUAUUACUAUCAACAUAACAGAACACAUAGAGAUCGUUUCCUGCAUUUUAAAAUGAAUGAUUGAGAUGAUUGUGGCUCAUGACACCUGAGCAUAUUAAUCAACUGUACAAAUGGCCAAAAAAUAAUAAUGCAGAAACCUCCUAUUCCUUGUUUUGUGAUUAACAUAUGAUGGAAGGGUGAGACAAGAAAAAGAAAAACUUAGGCCAGAAUGGUGAUGGAUUCUAUUUUUUGGUAAUGGGCAUGUUUCUUUUUCACCAUACCUGCUAAAAUUCCUGAUCAAAAUCCCCAAGUGAGGAAAUAGGAAUCUAAAUAUAUUAAGGAUCCAAAAUGAAUUUCAGCUCUUACCUUUAACUUUUAUACUUUAUGAAUAAAAUUAGGUCCUUAAUUAAAAAAUCAACUGUCAGCCACAAACAGGUCCAACACUAGGCAUUUGAGACAAACAAAUUGUACUAAUAUUCAUUCUCCACCAUCACCACCAUUAAUGGCAUAAUCAUAGGUAAUAUACAGGCAGUAUAAAAGGAUGGAAGGGUGUUACAAAGUAGAAGAAUGAAAGGUGAGAGAUCCUUUUGACCUUUUGAAUGAACAACCAAAAGGAAAAUGCAAAGCAAUCCAUAAUUUGCAGAACCUGAAUUUCUACCCAUGACGUGUGACCUCUUAUAUUUUCGAAUACAGAAACUUUCAUAGAAAUCCACAACAGUUAACAUUCUUUUUCUGUCUCAACAACUACUCUCCCUUUUUCUUUUUCACAUUCGGUAAUGGAGAAUCAAAAUGAAAUGAGGGCUUUUAACCAAUUAAGAGAGUGUUUAGAUUUUCAUUAUAUAUGCAGAAUGCAAGAAUUGCAGAUUUCAUAACAAAAACUUUGAUGGUAAUGAUUAUGAUUUGCCUUUCUUCUUGACAUAAUCAACAUGCUU